CCUUAUGCUAUGUAUUGCAGUUCACUUUCAGAGUUUGCUGUUCUUGGGUUUGAAUUGGGUUACUCCAUGGAGAACCCUAACUCAUUGGUUCUUUGGGAAGCACAAUUUGGCGAUUUUGCCAAUGGUGCACAAGUGAUGUUCGACCAGUUUUUGAGCAGCGGCGAGGCAAAAUGGUUGCGGCAAACCGGCCUUGUUGUUCUGCUGCCUCAUGGUUAUGAUGGCCAAGGUCCUGAGCAUUCCAGUGCCCGCUUGGAGCGCUUCCUUCAGAUGAGUGAUGAUAAUCCUUUUGUCAUACCUGAGAUGGAACCAACACUUCGCAAGCAGAUACAAGAGUGUAACUGGCAGGUUGUGAAUGUAACAACUCCUGCAAAUUAUUUUCAUUUGUUGCGUCGGCAGAUACAUAGGGAGUUCCGGAAGCCACUGAUUGUAACAGCUCCUAAGAACCUGCUUAGGCACAAGGAUUGCAAGUCAAAUCUUUCAGAGUUUGAUGAUGUUGAAGGCCAUCUAGGAUUUGAUAAGCAGGGAACACGUUUCAAGCGACUGAUAAAGGACCGUAAUGAUCACAAGCAAGUCGAGGAGGGUAUCAACCGUCUUAUCUUAUGUUCUGGGAAAGUUUACUAUGAACUUGACGAAGAGCGCAAGAAGUCCAAGCGUGGUGAUGUUGCAAUUUGCAGAGUUGAGCAACUUUGCCCAUUCCCAUAUGACCUUAUCCAAAGAGAGCUUAAGAGAUACCCAAAUGCGGAGAUUGUGUGGUGCCAGGAGGAGCCCAUGAACAUGGGUGCAUACAGCUACAUCUCUCCUCGGCUGUUUACUGCCAUGAAGGCUCUUGGGCGGGGUUCGUUUGAAGACAUCAAGUAUGUGGGCAGAGCACCUUCAGCUGCUACAGCAACAGGCUUCCUGUCGGUUCAUGUGCAGGAGCAGUCAGAGCUAGUGAAGAAGGCACUGCCGCCAAAGCCGAUCAAAUUCCCCUGAUGCUAUGCACCUGCAUACAAAACAACAUGCGAAAUAACAGAACCCCGACUUGCCUGUUUGCAGGAAGCUCAACAUGCCAAACCUGCGGUUUUCUAAAGUUUUGCCCUGUAGGAGCUUUUUUCGAGUUCCAGUUUUGAGGCUUUUCUGCGUUGGAACCAAUGACGCGUUAUGAAGAAAUGGAUAGGUGUAAGAACCAUAAAUCCUUUGUUUUGCAAACUUCGCUGUUCAUUCUGGCUUGUUUGUGUUAUUCCGAUGUUGCACACAUCUUAAGAUGUUUUUUUUUUGGGUGCUCUCGUGCAUGUAAUGUUCCGUCUGGUGUUCGUAAGGAUAAGCAUGUCAGUUAGGCCGUUCUCAGUGGUCAAUUUUAUUUCA